CAGUGAAAUCCCAGUGGACGCGGACAGUGGGAAUAUCAUGGACCUGUUUCACAGGGGAAGGCCAGUCAGAGCGUACUCGAAGUUGGCUUUCAGAUGUUUGGUGAGGAAAUAUGACUGAUGUGUGUUUCACCCCAAUGAUCAUUGCAGCUGAUUUCAUGCGCUCUGCAAAAGCUAGAGACAGUGAAUUCACCACCAAUAAGAGUGGGCCGUGUCUGAAGGCUAUGGUGCGUGUCUGAUUAACAAACCUGAGCUAGUGAAAGACAUGGUUGGACAUGUCCGAAACCAAAUCGAUAAUCCCAACUAUGCAGUAUCCAUUAAAAUAAGGUGGUGUGAUUUCUUGACUUUAAAAUGUGCUCAUGACAAGGAGUAUUCAGGGUUGCAGUGCACUUACAGAAUUCACAAGGAUAUCAGGAAGACAGUGGAUCUCUGUCAGAAGGAGGAGGCAGCAGGAGUCUCCUGGAUUACAGUUCACGGUCGUACAGCUGACGAGAGGCACCAGCCUGUUCACUAUGACGCCAUUAAGACCAUCAAGGACAGUCUUUCCAUCCCGGCCAUCGCUAACGGUGACAUCAAGAGCAUGCAGGACGUGGAGGCCAUCUGUGAGCUCACAGGGGUGGACGGUGUGAUGGCUGCUCGGGGAUUGCUGACCAAUCCUGCCAUGUUUGCCGGGUACGAGGAGACCCCGCUGCAGUGUGUGUGGGACUGGGUGGACAUCGCUGUGGAACACGGGACCCCGUUCACCUGUUCCCACCAUCACCUGAUUUACAUGCUGGAGCGCAUCAGCUCUCAGCCCGAGAGGAGGGUGUUCAAUAAUCUAUCCAGUACGUCUGCCGUCAUUGACUUCCUUCACAGUACAUACGGCUCCACAUAGUUGUUUUUAAUGAAUGCAUUGUUUUAUAAGUUAUAAUAAAGGCACAAAUAAAAAAAUAUCU